CUCCAAACGCUUGGAUACAUACAGGAAUGUCAAGUUCCUUAGCCCAAAAGUGCUGAAAUUUAGGAUGAACUCAAGGGCUGAUGAAAUUGAGAUGAUCAUGACAGACCUCGAAAGAGCAAAUCAGAGGGCAGAGGUGGCUCAGAGAGAGGCAGAGACCUUAAGGGAGCAGCUCUCGUCAGCCAACAAAUCUCUCCAACUCGCUACGCAGAUCCAGAAGGCACCUGAUGUGGAGCAGGCCAUCGAGGUGCUAACACGGUCCAGCUUGGAAGUGGAACUGGCUGCGAAGGAGCGGGAAAUUGCCCAGCUCGUAGAAGACGUCCAGAGACUCCAGGGCAGCCUCACCAAACUGCGGGAGAACUCCAGCAGCCAAAUCUCCCAGCUGGAGCAGCAGCUCACUGCCAAGAACAGCACACUCAAACAACUGGAAGAAAAACUGAAAGGACAGGCUGAUUAUGAAGAGGUUAAGAAAGAAUUAAAUAUAUUGAAAUCCAUGGAGUUUGCACCAUCUGAAAGCUCUGGUGCACAGGAUGCAUCUAAGCCCCUGGAGGUGCUGCUGCUGGAGAAGAACCGCUCCUUACAGUCUGAGAACGCCACGCUGCGUAUCACUAAUAGUGACCUGAGUGUGCGCUGCACGGAGCUGCAGAUCCAGCUCACGGAGGCAGCGGCCAUGGCGGGCCGGCCGAAAGAGCGGGGGGCCCUGUCGGCGAUGCGCCGCCCGGACGCGGAGGGUGCAGCCAUCCACAGCCUGGAGAAGAUUCCGGAGCCCAUCAAGGAGGCGACGGCUCUGUUUUACGGUCACCCGCCACCCCCCAGCACAUCAUUCCCGGAGGGGCAGAUGGACUCGCUCUUGUCCAUCAUCUCCAGCCAGCGGGAGCGCUUCCGCGCCAGGAACCAGGAGCUGGAGGGGGAGAACCGCAUGCUGCAGCACACGGUGCAUGCGCUGCAGAGUGAGCUGGACAGCCUGCGUGCUGACAACAUCAAGCUCUACGAGAAGAUCAAGUUCCUGCAGAGCUACCCUGGCCGGGGUGGCAGCAGGGACGACACGGAGCAGCGCUACUCCUCGCAGUACGAGGAGCGUCUCGACCCCUUCUCCUCCUUCAGCCGCAAGGAGCGCCAGAGGAAAUACCUGAGCCUCAGCCCCUGGGACAAAGCCACGCUGAGCAUGGGCCGGCUCGUCCUGUCCAGCAAGACGGCUCGCACCGUCGCCUUCUUCUACACGCUGCUGCUGCACUGCCUCGUGUUCCUGGUGCUCUACAAGACGGCCUGGAGCGAGAGCGUGGGCCGGGACUGCGCCGCUUUCUGCGCCAAAAAGUUCGCCGACCACGUGCACAGGUUCCACGAGAACGGCGACGCGGGCGACAUGUGGCAGUGA